AUGCCAUUCGAUCGCGGCGCUGGUCAAACCGUCAAGGACUGGCUCAGCAAUUGCGAUGACCCAAAACCCGAGACAGAAUCGCCCGCUGCCAGUUUCAAGAUGAAGAUGUAUCUCCCUGUCCGGGCCCUCGUCGUUCCAGCUACCACAGCGAAGUGGGAUGAUGCGGACUUCGACGUCGAAUUCGAACUGACUUCGGACACAAAAGUCUUGAUGGAUCGUGGUGACGGUGUCUAUGAGACUCUUCCAGAAAAGUUCCUGCCUCGCAUGGUCUGCCUGCUUGACGACAAUGACGUAUCCAGCACCAUAGAAGUUAAUUCCGCAGUGAGCGCUCGCUCGAAGAUUGCUGAGAACCUCGACUCGCCUACAAGGCAUGACUAUAAAUCGUUUUCAUCAUCUUCUUCUGGUGAGCCAGACGACACGCCCCACUUCAACCUUGUGGGUUUCGCACAGUCCAGUCCUGCACCACAGUCCAGUCCUGCCCAGAGUUCGGUGCGACUCAACCCCGUAGCUGCAGAGUGGAAGCCAGUUCAGUUUCAACAGCCGACUUCACACCCUAAGACCCACGGUUCAGCCUUAGCUAGCGGCAACGCCAAUGUCCAUAGUACUGCUCAACACACAGCUGCCAAAUCCUCUGGCGGCUACCGGUUUGACAAGCAGGUCAACCUUGAGAACAAGAAUGUCGAGGCGGACACUACUUCUGUCCAGGACCACAUCUUUGUCCCCACCACUACACGUCCCAAGCUUAUUGAUGCUACUGGAUUACAUGAAAAGCGCAUGGGCCGGAUUCAAGUCAACACCAUCAAGAAUCCGAUAACUGCUAAGGGUAAUUUGUUGGCCUCCAGCUCCGUACCGCCAACGAGGGACGAGAAAUCGAAUGCUAUGCAGGUUUUCAAGCAACGCAUGGGAGCCUUGGGUUUCGACAUCGCCGAAAAGCCAAAGCACGUGUCCGGUCUAGUUGCUGCAAGCCCUGACCUGCCCACCAUGGUACCUGUUAGACGCCGUAGUGGUAACCUCGCGGAACCACUUAUGCAAUCUGAUGGCGAAGAGGCAGAUACGAAGUACACUUUUGAUAACAAUAACCACGCGGAAAAGGCACAGCGGCAGAUUUCAGCGCCACCUGGGUUCAACUCCAAUACUUCUUCUUCUGUGGUUGCUGAUGGCUCCCACUGCCCUAUUUCCCCCUCUAGAGCUCCUCCUGGCUUUAAUACUGGCCAUUCUGUACCUCUAUUCACAUCUUUCCUCGACAGUUCUCACACUAGUGGCCCAGGAGCGUCUACUCCUCAUGACAAAGCUGCCGACUUAGCGACCACAUUGCGCGGUGAAGUCAAGGAAGUGACGAAUGGCGGAAGGCCCUCAACCAUUUCUGCUGCCUCUGGCGGCCUCGAACACCUGCCGAGUGGGCUUUCUGCCGAACUAGGCUUCAGUGAUCGUGCUAAGGAAACAGAUGCGGGUACAGAGAAGUACGCCAAGGAGACUAAAGCUGCUUCCUACUCCACUAACGUUUUGAACAGAGAAGUUGAGGUAACUCAGGCUGUCCCUAACACCCUUAGUCACGCACGCGGCUCCAGUCUUCGUCGUGGCGUGAACCCACUCUUCUUGCAGGCCCUUAAAGUGCCACUGUACAGGCAGUAG